GUUGAAGAAACCCACUCUGCCCCAAAAAUUUACAACGCCUUAUCGUCCCUCUUCGACUUUUCGAACCUUCCAUAGAAGGGUCCCCUCUUACACAAUUUACAACCACAAACCACAAACCACAAGCCACAACCCCCUUCAGACAAGAUAACAAUGGCCUCAAGAACGUUAACACAUAUACGCGCCGCGGCUCGACGCGUAGGCACAAUAUCAAUUCCCCAGUCCCAAAUACAGCCGUCCGUCCGGACUAUCGUUAGCACCUCGAAACCAAAGGCGACGUCCACCACCUACACCUACACCAGGGCCGCUACCACCUCUGCAGCGGCGCCUGCCUCUCCCUCAGACGCCUCCAAAUCCGCCGGAACAUCAUCCGGAAUACGAACGCCCGUCCCCGCCGUCUCGGGCGAGCCCCUCCCCGACGCAACGGGCGGCGAGACAAACUCCGGCGAACCGAUCGAUUGGACGCAAUCGUACCACGGUCUCGGUACGUCGGCGUUCUCGCCUGAGACCGCGGCGGUCCUGCAGGCACGCCUUAAUCCCGAAGACAUCGAGGUCAAGCCUGACGGCAUCAUCUACCUUCCCGAGAUCAAGUACAGGCGUAUCCUAAACACUGCGUUUGGGCCCGGCGGCUGGGGUCUGGCGCCCCGGGGACAGCUUAUGGUCCACGAGAAACUAGUUACGCGGGACUAUGCGCUUGUUGUGCACGGGCGAUUCGUAGCUCAAGCCCGAGGCGAGAUGUCGUACUUCACCGAAGAAGGCGUCUCGACGGCUGCCGAGGGGUGCAAGUCCAACGCGCUGAUGCGGUGCUGCAAGGACCUAGGCAUUGCGUCGGAGCUGUGGGACCCGCGCUUCAUCCGCAAGUUCAUGAAGGAGCAUGCCAUGCAAAUUUGGGUCGAGCACGCCACCACCAAGAAGAGGAAGCAGAUCUGGCUGCGCAAGGAUGACGAGGUCCGUUAUCCGUUCAAGAGGACGUAGUUAGUAAUUUUUUGUAAGGUAUUCUCAUGUAAGACGAUGAGCAACGUCGGGGAUCAGGUUCUGUUUGAUGGGGACGCUGUACGAUAUCACGAGGUUGGAAAUAUACCCCAAAGAAUUCUACACUCCAGACAUGGGCAGGGAGGCCUACUACGCAGCUCUUGCCCUGAGCUACCACAUGCAUACAUGGCUCUACAAUGUCACGUAUAUUAAGAGUCUCGGU